UAUAAUUAUGGAAAAGGACCAAACAAACUACUCCUUGUGACAUUAUCUUUAUUGCUGGUCCUUUUAUGAGCUUGGCUUUCAUUUUAAUAGGGAGAACAAUGAUAACUUUAUGAAAACCCUAUACUUAUCACCUGUUCAUAUCCACGAGGAACAUAAAAAAAAAUUCUCUUCGAGCGGGGGAGGAGUUAAGUCUUUAUCAGCAACAGAAGUAGGAUGUGGAUACCAUUCUGCUCCUAGUUUUGGCAGCCGGCGAUCGAAAUGUUGCUCUCUUUAUCGGGGAUUUUGGCAUUUUUAUUAUGCGUUUACAGUUUGCCUGCAGCGAACUGUACGCACAAGCCGCGGAUCAUAAUCCAAGAGACUGCAGCUAAAAGGUUUCCUCAUGCGGGACCAGAUCCACCUGGGUGGAUCAUCCUCAGUAAACAGCCCGAUAAUGUCACAACUGUUGGCAAAACGGAUCUUAAUUUCUACAACUUCCGGGGGCUUCAGCAGAGCCAUGCCGCCCCAAAACUGCAGUGGGAGUUCUGCAAGGAUUGCAAACUCACCUUGGUUCACCAGAGGGAAAAAGGCAAGCCGCUGUUUGUCUGCGGAACCAGCUACCUGAAAACAUCAUGCUGUGAUCUGACUUUGUCAGAGCAGUCUCCUAAAUGCACGUUCUCCGAAAACACUGAGCGUGUGAGAGACAGCAUAAGUGUAUUUCCCCUGAGGGAAAAUGAGCAUUCUGUCCUAGCAGAAUCCGAAGACACGGCAGAGCUCUUUGUUACAAACUCUGGAGAUCUGGACAAUGCCGGCAUUCACAAGUUUGGCGGCAGAGUUAGACCAGCCAAACACGAUAAAGAGCAGCACUAUGUGGGUUUGGUGCACAGCAAAAGAGCUGAACCUCUCCAGAACAGGAUUUACGGAUUCUACAAGCAGAAAAACAAAGACCCAGAAUUAUACAGUAGCAUGUGGCUUCCCUUUGUGAGCCAGGUUUGCACGGUAGACGUCGGCGGUCCUAAGAACCACCUGCAGGGCACCUGGACAUCCCUGAUGUUUGCCAGGCUCUUCUGUGGAGACCGUGAGACCAAACAGCAUUUCUCUGAGCUGGUGGAUGUGGCAGCUGUGCAUGCGGACCAAUGGCACGACACCAGGGUGUAUGCACUCUUCAAAAACGAAUGGGGCAUGAGCGCUGUGUGCGUCUACACGAUAGGAGACAUUGACCAGGUCUUCCAACAGUCCGCUUUUAAAGGGGAUAAGGAUAAUGACAGACCCAGGGCGUGUGUGCCCGACAGCACCAAGAUUUCGAAAAACAUCCUGACGAAGAUCGAGCAGUCUUCGGAGAUGAAGAAGUGGGUGCAGCCGGUGAACAGCUCCGGCCCACUUCUCUUCAACCUCCACAACUACACCCACAUCUCCGCCCACGCGUCCCUGAGCAGUGGGGGCAGUGGCCCCGCGAUGGUCUUCCUGUCACUAAAUAAUGGAGGCGUUCACAAGGUCAUGCAGAGUGAGAGUCAUUCGUUCAUCAUCGCUGAAUACAGACCAUUUCACAGCAGAACCCACAUCCUCGGGCUUGUCUUUGACCGCUCCUCUGGAAAGCUCUACGUGAACUCAGAACAUGAGCUGGUCCAGCUGGACGUAUCAAACUGUUCCCGCUAUGGACACACUUGCCAGGACUGCGUUCUGUCCAGAGAUCCACACUGUGGCUGGGAUGGCAAAAGCUGCACGCCAGUGAUAGGUGGUGCCCUUCAGGACCCGAUGUGGGGAAACCAUACCAUCUGCCCACAGACAUCGCUGGCCGUAAAAAGAGUACACAGGAACUCCAUUGAGGAUGUGGUCCAGGUUCAGCUGCCCCGCCGGUCCCGGUAUUUCCUGCGGUGCCCGGUCUCGUCCCACCACGCCCACUACACAUGGCACGGGCCUGGAAACGCCACGUCCUGCAGCUCCAGGGGCGAGCAGUGCCUUCUCCUGAUUGACGGCAUGGAUUGGGCUCAGGAGGGGGAUUACAAAUGCGUGUCGGAGGAGUCGGGCUACAGCAAAGUCCUGACGCACUACCGGCUGCUCCUGGGGGACGCCGCGGCGGUCCGGACAUCAAGCCCCCUGCUCUGGGUCUGCGUAGUGAUCUCUGUCCUGACGAAGAGCUCCGUUUGUUAGUUUUCCUAAUUUGGUAAUACAGAGAGAGCCUCGCAAAUGUAGUGUCAUAUGAAACCACCACGUGGCCUCAUCUGUACCGGAGGCUUCGACUCCAUCCCAGCCCAGGCCACCGCCAUCUCUCAGAGAUACUUAAACCAUCCUCACUGCCAAAACAACAAACCAACCUGAGCUGCAGUCCUCUGCCAAAGGGUUUGCACUAGCAAAUAUCUGCUUUAAGGAGAAGUGAGGAAAGGAAUACCUAAAACAGAGAAAGCUGUGUUGACUAAAUGAAAUGUUCUCUUGGAAGUGUGGUCUCACUGAGCUCGGUGUCUAAGCACCUGUAAUGUGGACAUCUGUCAUAAUGUCAGUCUCAAUGCCACAGCGUGAACAAAGGCUGUCUGCCAUGUACCUUUGCAAAGAACAUGGAGGCGGUCAGCGACGCCACACCCGGUCCACUACAGCCGGAAACAGCGCAGCUAUUUUAGCACUUCACUUUUGUCCCGGAACUCCUGUGAAAGACUGAGGGGAGGUGAUGCAAUACGUAACUUCUGCUUCCUUAAAUGAACAAAAUUUGUUCCUAAUGCACUUUUUGUGCCUUUGGGUUGGCUGUUUUUUGUAUUUUUUGUAUUUUUACUGUGGUUUAUUUGAACAUAUUCAAUGAGAAUUUUAGAUAUUUUUAGAAAAAUAACUUGCCUGAAGGCACUCUUUCAGGUAUAGUUCUACAGGCAUAAGAAGGGCAUACAGAAGGUAUUCUUUGGAUGUUGGCUGUCUUUUACCCAGAUAUACGUUUUUCUCCGAUUUUCCUAUGUCGUUUGACAAACCUCAGCUUUUUAUUAAGUUUUUCUUCUAGAAAGGCAUAAAAAAAGAAGCCUUUAAUAGAGAGCAUUUCUUAUGAGCCUUCAUUGAGCAAUUAAAAAGCUCCUGUUGAAAACAUUUCCCCCUCCCCUCCACACACACACGCACACACACCUCAGCCAUCAUUCCCCUAUGUCACACAACACCUAACCCACUUUACCCCAAGAGUUCUUGCAAGCUGCUCGUGUCUCCGCCCUACUUUUAAAACAAUUAUUUUCGCUUGUUUGCAGCGGAUGAAGAUUGUAGCAACAAGAUUGGAAGGACUUAAAACUUCUGCUUGCCCCUCUGUCAGCUUCUGUUUGUUACAAGGCUGAUAAUUAGUAGAAAAAAAAGUCUGUUGAUGCAAGAAUGGAUGUGAAGGUGUCUUCUGUUCAUGGAAGAACUGCUGAGACCUUGAAACUUUCCAAGGAAAAAUGUCUUAAUUGAUACUUGAUUUUUUCAAAUCCGUUUAGUUUGUUGGCAUUUCUUUUUAUAGCACAGCACUUUUUUUUUUAGAUGUUUGAGUAACUAUAACUAAUAUGAAUAUUGACUGGCUACAUUGACUGUUUUUUAAAAUAAGUAAUGUUGAUUCAAUUUGCAUUAUCAAUGCUUUGCAAUUAGUGAGGGUGAUGAUGCCUUUAGUAUAAUAAUACUGAGACCUACCCUUUUAUUUUUCUAUAUUAAAAGAGGAAGUCAGCCCUUUCACA